CCUGCCUGGAGACUCAUGACGCGGCCCGAGUUCUCACUCCCACUGCAUGUCCUGUUUCUACAGAAGCCAAUCAGCGUCGCCCCGGUUCCCGAUUAUAAAGUCGCCACCGUCGUGCGGAACUCAGAUUCUCCCCAGACGGCGAGGAUGUUGGUCAUGAUGCCCCCAACCUUCCUCCUGCUGCUCUCGGGGUCCCUGACCCUGACCGAGACCUGGGCGGGCUCCCACUCCAUGAGGUAUUUCUACACCGCCGUGUCCCGGCCCGGCCGCGGGGAGCCCCGGUACCUCGAAGUCGGCUACGUGGACGACACGCAGUUCGAGCGGUUCGACAGCGACGCCGCGAGUCCGAGGGCGGAGCCGCGGGCGCCGUGGAUGGAGCAGUUGGGGCCGGAGUAUUGGGAGAUGAGCACACGGAACGCCAAUGGCAGCGCACAGACUUUCCGAGGGAACCUGAACACCCUGCGCGGCUACUACAACCAGAGCGAGGCCGGGUCUCACACCAUCCAGGAAAUGUAUGGCUGCGACGUGGGGCCGGACGGGCGCCUCCUCCGCGGGUACAGUCAGUUCGCCUACGAUGGCGCCGAUUACAUCGCCCUGAACGAGGACCUGCGCUCCUGGACCGCGGCGGACGCGGCGGCUCAGAUCACCAGGCGCAAGUGGGAGACGGCCGGUGAGGCGGAGGACUGGAGGAACUUCCUGGAGGGCAGGUGCGUGAAGUGGCUCCUCAGACACUUGGAGAACGGGAAGGAGACGCUGCAGCGCGCGGACCCCCCAAAGACACAUGUGACCCACCACCCCAUCUCUGACCGUGAGGUCACCCUGAGGUGCUGGGCCCUGGGCUUCUACCCUGCGGAGAUCACCCUGACCUGGCAGCGUGAUGGGGAGGACCUGACCCAGGACACGGAGCUUGUGGAGACCAGGCCUGCAGGGGACGGGACCUUCCAGAAGUGGGCGGCUGUGGUGGUGCCUUCUGGGGAGGAGCAGAGAUACACGUGCCAUGUGCAGCACGAGGGGCUGCCUGAGCCCGUCACCCGGAAAUGGGAGCCGCGGCCUCAGUCCCCCAUCCUCAUCGUGGGCGUCAUUGCUGGCCUGGGUCUCCUUGUUGCUGUGGUGGCUGGAGCUGUGAUCUGGAGGAAGAAACACUCAGGUGGAAGAGCAGGGAGCUACGCUCAGGCUGCAAACAAUGACAGUGCCCAGGGCUCUGAUGUGUCUCUCAUGGAUCCUAAAGUGUGAGGCAGAUACCUUAUGGGAGACCGAGUGAUGCAAGAUUUGUUCAUACUUCUGCUUUGUGAAUUCAAGAUCCCCUGACUUCUCUUUCUACAUUGGCAUCUGAGUGUGUCUGGGUUCCUGUUAGCAUAAUGAGAGGAGGUGGAGAGACUGGCCCACCCCUGCCCUCCAUGACCCUCUCCCCACACUGAUCUAUGUUCUUUCCCUGAUCCACUUUCCUGUUCCAGCAGAGUCGGAGCUGGACUGUCUGCAUCUCUGUAUGAACUUGAUGUUGUGCUGGGUACCGAUGACCUGCUUCCUUAUUGAUAAUAUGAAUCUGGAUAUGAAUUUGUUUUUUCUAAUUCUUGUGAUAAGGGAUUGAUGUGUUAAUUAAAGGAGAAAUUUCCUAAAGUUUGAGAGAGGAAAUAAAUGGAAGCACUGAGAACCUUCCGGAA